AGCGCUUCCGGGUUGUGGCGUUCAUGGUUGUUGAAGACUACUAUAAAGUUUAGUAUAGCGGUGAAACUGAGUGUAUCCUCGUGAUUUGGGAAGGGAACAUGGCAGAUUCAAGUGGAGACUUAAACCGUACGAAUCUAAUGUUGCCAGUACAUGCAACGAGUACAGAGAGGGAAAGAAGGGAGAUGCAGCGCAUCUUAGCUACUUGCGCGAUCGAGAAACGGACUAGGAACGGUGACAGCUUCGUUGGUAUUGGAAGCCUCGUGGAGGGGUUCUUUAAGAAUUGUGAUCAAAAAGUACAUUUGAUCACAAGCGAAAAGGUUUUUCCAUCCCGUGAUUUAAGUUGCUUCUUUUUAUGGUUCAAGAAGCUAAAUGGCAGAAACGAAAAAAGGAAGGGGGCUACUUAGUAUAUGCAAGGAACCGGUCCACAGAUUCCAUGGACUCGCAUUUGUACCUGUUGACCGAACUAAAUUUAACUUUUUUCGAAAACGUUUUUCCGGUAUACUGACUCACCGUCCAUUUACCAUAUGCGCUGAAGGAAAGGAAGGUUUAAGAAAUUCUAAAUUAUACUGUCACGUUGUUGAGGAAUCCGGAAAUCAAUGGGCCAUAAGACCAUACCAGCUGAUGGGGAUCGCAGACGAAGAAGCAUAUCUCGUUGACCUCAAUUCCAUGAAGAUAGAAAGUGCUAGCAUCUACAGCCAUAAUCGAAGAGGCCUUGGAGCUCCAAUUGCCAUCACAGGCAAAGACGGCAAGACCAAAGCUGUGGGUGCCAUUACUCUUGACGACAACGAGCAGAUUUCUUUUGUACUGUUUUCACAGAUUGAUAGGUCACGGUUACCUCAAGGUUGGUAACUUUUGGCUAGUUAAGCGUACGUGUUCAUGUAUUUGUAAGUCAAUUCUUUUAACUCUUGAACGUUACCAGCAUCAUAUGAUUGUUUUACGAACAGGUGGGAAUUUUUCCUCUCAGCUCAUUAUUGGGCUUUUCCUGGAUUUUACCGAUUAUGAAGAUUGCAGUACCUCGCUUUACUUGUUUUCUGAAAAAAUACGGUUAACUUGAGUGUUCAUUAUCUAUGGAAGUUUAAAUUGGUUACCCCUGACUUAUUACUUUUGAUUUUAGUCCUUCAUGGUUAUUCUCUCUGAAUUUUAUCAGGUUUUUGUGACAAUUUACUUUCCAACUUGGUCCUCCUUGGACUUGAUAGAGACGUAAUGUUGGGCUCAAUAAAUUUUGUUGCCUUACAAACACAAUAGAGUGACACUACUUAGAACUUGAGCUCUGACCUCUCCACCAGGGAUCCAGCCCACCAUCUACUCUAGAGAGUACUACAUGGUCAUGUCUUCCAUAUUUAACAGUAACUCUGUUUUGUUAUUGGUAUUGACUGGGUUAGCUUGUUCAAGGCAUUCAGUUAGAAAAAUGAAACUCAAUAGGAGGAAGGAAGGGUUUGGUCAGGUCAUCUUCAUGCCUGUAAAACCUGUUUUUUUUUACUCCUUUUGUGCACUGAGCACUUAGCAGAUCAGUACACAUCUGUUUAAGGUCUGUAUUAGUCAUAUUACCAUCUGUUAAUUAUAACUAAAUCAUCAUAUAGCACAUCUGAGUAUAGGAGAUAGGACUCAGUAACAAGAGCCAACCAAGUGACAGUAGUGCUGGCCAAGUGUCUGUAAAGUAUCAGCCAGGUGUCGAUGAAGUAUCAGCUGCAUGUCAACAGAGUAUCAACUGACAUGUGAUGGUUGAGAGGUAACUGAUGUUGAUCAACACAUCAGCCAGUACUUGGCCGAUUGUUGCCUGAUAUAUCAACUCACACUCAGUUGACAUGUCGAUGGAAAGUAUAGACUGAUACCCAACCUACAGAUGCCUAAUAUAUACUCAUGAUCCAAAGUUUUAUCCAUUAUUCUUGUCUUGCUUGAAAUAAUAAGGUGCUGACUGUGGCAAAGAAUUAUAGUGUCCUUCAUAAAUAUCUGUUCCGUCUUCGGGUGCACCCGAAUCCGCAAUGACGAAUGGUUGCUUAAUAACUCGCUCCACAAUACUAUAUCUCUUACUCAUUUCUGCUCAACUUUGCUAUCGUUCCAAUGGGAAAAGCCUUCAUAACAGCAAACCGGUUUUUUGCCCAAAAUUCAGACUUACCUGGCCGGUCUACAACACGAGGUUUCUACACGAUCCUUGCUUAACUAGCUCGUCCAUCCGCCAUCUUGGCAGAACUAUCACCGUAAAAGGUUAUUACAAUAGACGCCUGAACUACUAUCCUAAUUCUUCGAGCUCCUACCAAGCUAUACGAAUACGUGUAUCCGGAGACGUCUCCUUGAAUCCUGGUCCCGAUAAAUGUAUUACUUGCAACAGGACUGUGGCGACAAACCACAGAGCGGUUAGCUGUGACUCAUGCAAUGGAUGGACUCACAUAAAGUGCGGGAACAUUAAGCCUAAUCAGUAUAAAGCUAUGCAAUUGAUGGAUAACUUUGAAUGGUUUUGCCAACCCUGUCUGGACGCUAGAUUAUCAAACAAUGUUCCAGAUAACACUGGUGAUUGUGAACAACACAAAGACGACUACCUCGAAAGGUUUGCAGCCUCUUUGAAUACUUCGCACAACGAUCUACGCAUCGCGCAUCUCAAUGUAUGCAGUCUUCGAAAUAAAAUAGAAGAUAUUCGUCUUCUACAGAAAAUUUGCAGAUUUGAUGUCCUAGCAAUCGGCGAAAGCCAUUUAAACGCCUCAAUACCUGAUAAUGUACUACAAAUUCCUGAUCUUAAAUUCAUACGUUGUGAUAGAUCUCAACGUAAAGGCGGCGGCGUGAUCAUGUAUUAUGCUGAACAUUUAUCCGUUACUCAUCGCAGAGAUUUGGCAGCCUCAGACAUUGAAGCUCUCUGGAUACAGGUUAAAUUUCCUACAAACACUACUCUGUUCUCCGUAAUCUAUAGGUCUGAGCUAGAGUCCACGAAUUUCUUCGAAAGCUUUCGUGGAGCCCUCGAAAAAGCUUGGCUUAAAACUGACAGCAUCUUUAUACUUGGCGAUUUUAACUGUUGUUUAUUAAAUAGGGACCCUGACGGCAUACCUACUUUGGGCAAAACGAAGAAGCUGAUACAGACCUUUGAAGACUUCAAUAUGCAAAACAUUAUCUCUCAACCAACUAGAAUAACAUCCACAACGGAGUCCCUAAUUGACCUUAUUGUUACAACUAAAGCAAACAUGGUUCGUCAAUGCGGCGUGCUGCCAUUGGGCAUAUCUGAUCACAGUUUAGUUUACGCCACUUUGAAGUUGAAAUCCAAAAGACCCCCUCCGAAGAUUGUCCGCUCAAGAAACUUCAAGAGAUGUAACAUUCAAGAUUUCAAGAAAGAUAUUGAACGAAUACCUUUUCACGUACUGGAUAUAUUCGAAGACAAAGACGACGUCCUUUGGGGCUGGAAUCUUUUGUUCAACGAUGUUUGUGAUGUCCAUGCCCCUUAUAAAGACGUCAAGGUUCGCAGCGUCUGUUCACCAUGGAUUAACAGCGAAAUAAGAUUAAAGAUGAACAAACGGUUUAAAUUAUUCAAAGUAGCCACUCGCACAAAAGAUCCGGUCAAAUGGAAGGAAUACAAAAGAUUACGUAAUGAAAUCACCACGGACGUACGUCGGGCGAAAACUAAACAUUUCAAGAACCAACUACUUGAAAUAAAAACCGCUGCGGAGUAUUGGAAUCUUCUUCGCAAUGCCACUGCACCAAAACUCAGAAAGGCUAUUGGACCCUUGAAGAGGGAAGACGGUUCUCUGGCAGUCGAUAGUAAAGAAAAAUCAAAUUUGAUGAAUUCUUUCUUUUCUAAUAUAGGAAUUAAUCUAACAAGGAACUUUUCAUUCACAAAAGUCAACGCUGCCACAACAUUAAAGUCAGUUCCUGUUAUCAAAGACGUUAUUUUAUCAAAAUCCGAAAUUGCAAAGUAUUUAUCAGAUCUUAAAUGGAAUAAAGCUACCGGUCCCGACCAGAUUUCUUCUAGAACUCUAAAAACUGCCGGGAAUGCGUUGGUCCAUCCAUUAUACCAUAUUUAUUGUGAAAGUCUAACAUCUGGCUACGUGUUUGAACAAUGGAAAGUGGCUAGGCUGAGCCCUAUCCACAAAAAGGACGAUGAGAGCGACAUGAGCAACUAUCGGCCAAUUUCUAUUCUCAGUAUACCCAGCAAGAUCCUUGAAUCAACGGUCUCUCAGAGAAUCGUCAACCAUACAUUCCACGAGCACAGUUUAGUCACUAAAAACCAAUGGGCUUAUAGGAAAGGCUUUUCUACUGAAUUAAUGCUUAUAAAACUGACAGAACAAUGGAGACAAGCGGUUGAUAACAGUAAAGUUGUCGGCGUGGUUUUUGUCGAUUUUCAAAAGGCCUUUGACUGUGUAUCGCAUAAAAUAUUGCUGCAUAAACUCGAGAUUGACUUUGGGAUCAAGGGCAACCUGGCUGCUUGGCUUCACAGCUACUUAAAGGGGAGGCGACAGUUCACAGUCAUUGACGGCGCAGCCUCUGAUUUUGCUCGCAUUAAUACAGGCGUUCCUCAGGGAUCAGUCCUCGGUCCAACCUUGUUCGCACUUUACACAAAUGAUCUACCUGAUAAUAUAACAAAUGCAACUGUUUUUAUGUACGCAGACGAUACCACCCUGUUCUGUAUCGGAGACACCGUAGACAUUGUUAUUGCCGAACUGAAUGCUGCUCUCAAGGAACUAGAGCUAUGGUGCUUAAGAAAUCAACUAUUGCCUCACCCCAAGAAAUGCGAAGGCAUGCUAAUUCAUCGAGGAAACUUCACUGGUCCACUACAGUCAUUAAUACUGAUGAAUCAUUGUAUAAGAUGGGUUAAACACACCAGGCUGCUUGGAGUCUAUAUUGAUAAUAGACUUAACUGGGACUACCAUUUCAAAGCACUAAAGAUCAGCUUUGCAAAUAAGCUUAACAUGCUGAAGCGCAGCUUGUUCUUACCAAGACCCAUGCUACUGGACUUAUACUUUAAGGUAAUCUACCCAUCAAUUAUAUAUGGUAUCACCGUCUGGGGCGGCCUUACUAAUAAGGAGGGCCUAAUUGCAUUAGAGUCUUUACACUGUAGAGCGGCAAAAUUAAUCUUUAACUGGCCAUGGGAUAUGCCUAAGUCUGACGUACUAAGCAAAGCUCGAUGGUCUUCUAUUGAAACCACAUAUAAAGUUAAUUUAGCUAAACUGAUGUUCAAAAUAGAUAAGAAGACUUUACCUAUAUCCAUCUUAGAUACCACCGAAGAAGUUGACGUGAAUACUAAGAAAAAUCUAAGAAGUAAUGCCAACAUAAAAGUACCAAAAUUCAAUACAUAUUACAUGAAAAACAGUUUUUCCAGAAGAGGACCUAUCGUUUUUAACACACUUCUCCAAGAAUCAAAUUUAAGAAAUAUAACCAUUAAGCAGCUCUCCUCGUUAGCCUACAAAUCAAAGGCACUUUUAAAUUUGAACUUUAAUUCCAUUUCUCCACAGACAGUGAAUUUUAAGGACCCCAAUUUUAAAUAUUUUUAGAUCUUCUAAUUUUGAUAGGCUACUUUAAUUAUUGUAUUUUACUACAUUUCAUUUUAUUCCAUUUCACGCACGACCCCACAAGCGUGUAGUCGCUUUAACAAUUAUCGUGUUUAAAUAAAGUCUUUGUAUUGUUGUAUUGUAUUUGUAUCAGCAAGUAUUAAAAUGUGCUGAGGAAAAACUUUCCUUUACAAAUGUUUUGAUGCAGGUACUUUGCAGACAGCACAAGCUGGUAUUGAGCAUGGAAAUGAACUAAAUAUGAGUGAAGAUCUCUCUAAUCCAGAUC